AUGAUUAAUAUAGAAGAUUUACCCCGUUUGGAGUCUUUAUCGCCGGUUAAAGAUAUCGAGGCGUAUGAUAUGACCAUACUGGAGAAUAAGAAGCCCGAUAAGGUCUUAACAACCCUGAAAUGCUCAAGUUCAGCCAUUAUUAAAGCAGGAUCAGAUAGUAGAAGUGAAACCAUGUGGACGGGCAGCGGUUGCCGCUAUAUUAAUCAG